UCUUAACUAAGUUAUGUAAUUAACCCUCCUUAAUGUUAACUAACACUUUUAAUUGUCUCAAUCAUGAAAAGUAUUAAUAAGCAACAAUCAUUAAUUGAAGAAACUAAAAUAAUUAAUUGAGAGAGUAAUAUAAUGUUGAGACGUGCCACCCCACUUUUUCUCCUCAACCUCUUCAAUUCGAUUUCUAUUAUUCUGUUAAUUAACAGAAUACACCGUAUGAGCACCUCGUUCCUCCAAAAUGUGUCUGUGAUCACCCCUCUUUCUCUCUCCACCAGCAAAAAUGUCAUCGCGUUAUAAUCAGCAUCAUCAUGUCACGCCAACAACACCACGAGAUAGAAGAUCACCAUUGUCGUUGUCGUCGUCGUCGUCGUCAAUGAUGAAAUCAUUCGCAUUGCCGCCAUCGCCCAUACCGAACGCGAAAGGUUCUCGGUCAGCUGCGAUAGAUGAUCGGAAGCUGACGGACUACUUCACAAACAACCUACAAAUACCUUACCUACGUCUCCCUGAUCCUUACAGCCAGUCACAUACGACGCAGGUUCGAAUCCCGGCUCAGAUAGAUUAUCGGUUGUUAUCCUCAAGAGUUGGUAACUCAAUCGAGAGGCUGGUUAAGUCAGCGAGGGAGUUUGGGGUGGUUCGGAUUGUUGGGCAUGGGAUUGAGAGGCAGGAGGUUCGAUUGGUUAAGGCUGAAGUUGAGUUAUUCUUUAAAAGUCUUGAUGAAAGGAAGACUAGGUUCCGUAAGAGCUUUGUUGAGAGGGUUGGUAAUCGCGAGGAGUUUGUUUGGUUUCGUUCUGAUAAGGCUAUGUUGCUUUGGGCCAGGGAGGUCAUGGGCUCUGAUCGAUAUCGUGAUUUUAGCCGGAAGAUGGAAAGUGUGGUGAGCAAAGUUGACAGGAUAUCUGAGGAAGUGGCGGAAGUGGUGUCAAAAUUCUCAGACAAGCGAUUUCAGAAAGUAAUCCAAGAGAGGGAAUCCAUAAUAAGCUUAUAUAGAUACAACGAUAUGCACCCUAGUUUGCUGGUUUCGAAUGAGGACAUCCACGAGUCUUAUGACCAUGCAUUGAGUCUUCAUCUAGCAAUGGAACGAGCCGAAUUCUAUCUACAUACUGAUAAAGGCCCUUUGUCCUUCACCACUGAUCCUGAUACCAUUGUUGUCACUGUUGGAGACCAACUCCGGGAUUGGAGUGCAGGGGACUUCAAAGCCGUCUCCGGGGAAUUGAUAUUUGAUCCAAACUUCAAUGGGACAGAAGCAUCCUACUCAUUAGAGCUCAAAUGUUCACCCUUAAAUCUUAACUUGGGUCAUACUAAAAGAGUAAUUAAGACCAUAUCUUUGCUUGAUCAAUUGUUGAUUGUACUAAUAUUUGGCUUCCUUUACCAAAUAAUUUUCUACACUUUUUCUAGACCAUCUUUAGGAAGAUGCUUGUUGAAUUUGCUACAUUAAGGUCAUAUUUCUGCAUUUGUGAGAUAUACCCUUCAUUUUGGUGUUCAUUUUUAAUUCUCUAUUAAACGAAUUUUGUUGUAGGGUACCCUUUUGUAUAGAAAAAUAUCUAUUCUAGAGGUGUGAAAAAAUAACCAAUCUGUUUGAUCCGAAAUUUUGUAUAUUCGAAUAUUUUAAAUAAAUGUUUAAUCGUUAGAAAA